AUGUCUGUGCGCAAGGCCCAUAACGCUGGCCGAAAUCACCUGAGGAACGUCGUCGAGUACUAUCAGCAGAUUGGCCACGAAAAAGCACAGUCGGUCAUUGACUCGAUCACGUCUUCUUACGCCGCUGAAGGCCAAGCGAACCCCAUGCUUCAACAAGCUGCGCCAGGAUUUCCUCCGCCUCUUCCUGGAUUUCCCGGAAUGCCUCCUCCACCGUUCGCACUGGCUGGCGCAGCACCGCCAGGCCCUGGGGGCAUCGUACCUCCUCCUCCCGGUGGUCGUGGCAUACCAUUUCCACCCUUCCCGCCUGGUGGCGCUCCUCCGCCAGCCCUCCCUAACGGUUUGCCGUUUCCACCGCCGCCCGGAGGAUUUCCUCCAAACUUCCAAUUUCCUCCCCCCGGGCCGCCGGGCGGAUUCCCGCCCCCAGGUCAACAAGGUCAGCAAGGCCCACCAGGAGGUCCAAGCCCGGGACCUGGUAGUGGCAUGAAUCAAAGCCAAGCCCCUCCUCCGCCGGGUUUCAACAUGAGCGGUCCGCCUGGUGCAAAUGAUAACAGACGGUAA